UGCAAUCUAUUUUUUUAAAACACGAACCAUGUCGCGUGUGUCACGAAUAACUCUCGAAGCCAAUUAAAGUUCGAAGAAAUUCGCAUUGAACUUAGGUAAUGGUAACUCGAUUUGCAUUCAUUUGUCUCUUUCCUCAAAUUUUGAAUUUCUUUGCACGCUUUAAAUUUUAGUCAACAUUCGAACGUAACGACCGUGUAUGAGAACGAGAAAAUUUUCGAUUGUGUCAGAAAUUUAAUAAAAAAAAGUGUCUAGAAGCUUUUAUCGGCGUUCGAAGUUAUUUUUAGCAAUUUCUACACUUAAAAGGCGAGAGUUGUUGAAAUAUAGAAAUGGUCUGUACGUGGAAGAACGAGGUCAAAUAGAACACAUCUUUUAUGAAUUUUUUUUUCUACUCAUCCCCGAUGAUUUUAAUAUGUCCUAUGUAACGUUUGAUUAAUCAACCACCAGGAACAGAAGGUUUAUCUUAUGUCGCAUGGGUGAAUUCACAGAGAGUUGCGAUCAAACUGAAUCUAACUCACUCAGUGUUACACUAACCAUUAAUUCGACAGAAGUAUCGCCCUAUGCACUCUGAAACCUACGAUUUCCAAUGAUAUUUUUCUACUUUGUCUGUUCUAUGAACGGUCAAGCCUCUCAUUAAUUCCACGCAAACAUCGUUUUUAUUCUUGUCCCCUUGUCCUUGUCCAAACGACAAAAAUGCGUGGCUAAUUUCGCAAGGGGGUUGCAAUUAGCCGGCGCGUAGGCUGGCGGAUGAAUCUGGCACGCAGAGGCCGGUGGGAAACAGUUGCACAAAAAGAAAGAAAAAGAAAAAAAAAAAAAAAGAAAAAGAGAAAAAGAAAAAAAGAAAAGCGAGAAAAAGCGUGGGCACUUGAGACCUACUGGAAGCUCAGGGAAACCCACAGAAGAAGGGAGGGAAAACAGGCUGAAGGUGGAAGGAACGAAAAGGGAGAAUAAGGGAAAGUGUAGUGAGUAUGAGAGCUUGGGUACAAUUACGACGAGAGUGGAAGGUAGGGAUCGCGAAUGAGAUCGAACGGUGGGGAUACGACGUGGGGAUACGAUCAACGAUGUUGAACAGAGACGGCCAGUGCAAUCUCUGCACGAGCAACGAGAACAAACGAUAAACGCGAAGGGGAGAAGCAAGGGAGUAGGGGAUAGAGGGAGUUGGCAAGCUUGAUAUACGGUGUACACGUUGGCCAGAGAGAGACAGAACGAUCCUGGUCGCCUGGUAUCGAUCGUCGCGCUGAAAACUACCCCUCGAGUCGCGGAGGCGCAGUGUGCAAAACCGACCACGUACGAGUCGGUGGUGCUCGUGGUAUUCGCGGUCCACGCGGAUCUCUACGCUCUAGGCCCUUGGAGUUUUCAUAUUGCGCGUUCCUCGCGAUUCCCACAGGCUGUGGAGCAUCCACGGUACUGCGGCUCGGUCGGCCCUACCGGUCUAGUAAGGUUGUCGUAAGGACAGGUGCACAAGAUUUUCUGCUGAUUUCUGUCUAGAGGGAGGCUAGAAGUAUCAUCAUCACCAUGGCGUUCGCAGGGUUGAAGAAACAGAUUAACAAAGCAAAUCAGUAUAUGACAGAGAAGAUGGGUGGAGCGGAAGGAACCAAACUCGACGUCGACUUUAUGGAUAUGGAGAGGAAAACGGAUGUCACGUACGAGCUGGUGGAGGAGUUGCAAAUGAAAACGAAAGAGUUUCUUCAGCCAAAUCCAACGGCGAGAGCGAAGAUGGCCGCGGUCAAGGGCAUCAGUAAGCUCAGCGGUCAGGCGAAAGCCUCGACUUAUCCUCAACCGGAAGGUGUUCUGGGCGAUUGCAUGCUUACUUAUGGAAAGAAAUUGGGAGAGGAUAGCAUUUUUGCUCAGGCCCUGGUUGAAAUGGGUGAGGCGAUGAAACAAAUGGCAGACGUGAAAUAUUCUCUGGACGACAACAUUAAACAAAACUUCCUGGAGCCUCUGCACCAUUUGCAGACCAAAGACCUGAAAGAAGUGAUGCAUCACCGGAAAAAACUUCAGGGACGAAGGCUGGACUUCGAUUGCAAGCGAAGACGUCAAGCGAAAGCAACUGGAAAAAGAUCAGCCAGUCCUCAUUUUGGAAGUCCAGCCAAAUCUUCCUCGCCGUACACUGGUUCUCACGUUUCAGACGACGAGAUUCGUCAGGCUGAGGAGAAAUUUGCAGAGAGUCUUCAUUUGGCACAAUUGGGCAUGUUCAAUCUUUUGGAGAAUGAUGUAGAACAAGUGGCACAGUUAGCGACAUUCAGUGAAGGUCUUCUGGAGUAUCAUCAACAAUGUACUGAGAUUUUAAGAACACUAACGGAAACACUUUUGGAGAAGAAAGACGAAGCGGCAAACAAACCAAAAAUGGAAUUCGUGCCGAAGACAUUGGCCGAUUUACACGUCGAUGCAUUACCUACAUCGGAUGCUAUGAACGGUGGGAACUUCUCUCUCCAUGGGGCAAGUCGAGCCGGGUCUCCAAUUCAUGCGGAUGGGAAGCGCUCGCAGCUCGAGCUAUUUCCAGCCGGAAACCCGCCACAAUCUGCCAAUGGGCAAGAAACUUCCCCCCUACCAUCUCCAAGUAAAUCACCAGCUAGGACUCCGAUGACAAGACAGCCUUGCUGCACAGCUUUAUACGAUUUUGAGGCAGAGAAUCCUGGAGAACUCAGUUUUAAAGAGAACGAUACCAUCACUUUGACCAAGAAGAUCGACGAAAACUGGUACGAAGGUAGCCUGAACGGUCGCACGGGUUACUUUCCAGUAACUUAUGUUCAAGUUGUAGUGCCAUUACCUUAAGAGAACGCGAUGCGUUUCGAAACCAAAGACCCUGCAUUCGUUCAUCAGCGUUUAUCACGAGAAUUAUCUUAUGCUCCGAUUAGCCUAAAAAUCUCUCUUUCAAGACUACUCUCUUCUCUAUUAAAAUCACUUAUUACGUUAUGGUUCUCGCUUGUUCGAAACGGAUGGAUUCUCGAGUUCUAUUCUAUUCACUUGUUUAUUUCUUUCCUCUUGUCCCCAGGAAUAGUUCUAUACGCAUGUUAAUGUACAUAUAUAAUGUUAUAGUGUCUUUUAUCGACGUAAGGACCUUCGCGCGUGCAGAUACAUAUAUAUAUAUAUAUAUAUAUAUAUAAGUAUACAUAUAUAUAUAUAUAUGUAUAAGUCAUGUGUUAUAUAUAUGACUUACACUAUUAAGUAUGAAUACAUUAAGUACGAAUACACGUAUACACAUACACAAGAUAUACAUGUACACACACAUCACAUCUUCGAUGGCAGUCCACUGUUAAGGGGAUUCUUUUAUCAUUUUCUAACAUUGUCUCAUGUGUCAUCAAUCGAAUAUCCGUUAGUUUCUCACUAAAGUUUUAUUGCACAAAGAUGUCAGAGCGCCAAGACUGCAUUGAAGUUUUUCAAAAUACUUUAUGCCUCAAGUAUUUUCCCAUUCAUUCGAUCAGCAUACGCUCAUUCAGUAGAUAUACAAUUAAAUGAUAUUGUUUAUUAAGUGAUGGUCGAUCUGCUCGGAAUCGAGUUUUCAGUUUUAAGUAUUCGUAUCACUCGAUAUAUUAAUCAUUCAUAUAACGUUCGUGUCUUCAUGUUGUAUAUUUACGAUAUAUUUGUUAUUUGUUUGUCAUGUUUUCAAUCACAUUGUUCCUGAUGUGAAGGAGAGAAAGAAAGAAAGAGAGGGAGAGAGAGAGAGAAAGAGAGAAAGAGAAACAGAGAGAAAGAGAGAGAGAAUAUGUUCAUCGAAAUCAUGUCAUCCAUCUUGCGUUGGUCCGCACGGCGCAGCAAAAAAGAAAUCAUACGACUUGUAUUAUUGAUAUGUAUUCGUACAUUGUAUAGUAAUUUGUUUCCAUUGUCCUGUCGUAUAUCUCGUAUCGUUUGUCGUUCUUUUCAUUCAUUUAGAUGACACCGAAUAGAGAGUUAGGAUUUAGUUUAAGCGAUCUUCAAAAUGGCGGCGAACCUCUUCCACGAAGUCGUCGAUUAACAUGAUGAACAAUUAGGGAUAUUUCGUGUUUUCCAUUGUGAUUGCUUCGAGAUAUAACAUAGAAUAUUAUUAUAUUAAUUAUAUAUUGCUGUCAAUCAACGCUCCUAAUUAAUUUAAAACUUGUUAAUUCUCUGCUCUCCUUGUACGUUAUAGUUAUUUGGAAUCGUGUUAUUUUAGGAUUUUUAAUUCUCAAGUAUGACGUUUUUAGCGUAUGAAAUUGAAUUGCUAGUAAAAGGUGAAACAUUCGAAAGAAAAUAGACUUUAAUUUAUUAAGUAUUUUUGAAGAUUGAUAUUUUAGUUUCUACCCUUCCUGGACUUUGUACGAGAGUUCAACCGCCAGAACAAUGAAAGUAAUUAAGGAACUUGGUUAUUUGUUGCCAUGUGGAUUUUAGGUAAAAAAAUCUUCAAACAAAAUAUUUGCUAAGUAUAAUAUUAUAAUAAUGUUUAGAAUAUAUAACUUAUUAUAUACAUAUAUAUAUAUACAUAUAUUAUAUAUAUAUGUAUAUAUAUAUAUAUACAUAUAUGUUGUCGAUGACGGCGACAACGGUGAUGACUACGACGAUGGCAUUAUUAUUAUUAUUAUUAUUGAUACUCGCAUAUUUUUCCAUUUACUGUUACGGUGAAAAACAUUUAUAUGAUGGAAAAACGUUCUUGGCCUUACCUUAUAUUUUGAAUCGUUCCAAUGCUAGUUUCGUAUAGUUGGUAUUUUAUGGAUUAUCACGUCUCCUAAGAACAACGUUCCAACAUGAGUUUUACGAUUAUAAAUAUUAUUGGUAGACCACAGAUGUUUAUGCAAUUACAGAGAUAUAAGAAUUUCUUUUAUCUUUUAAUAAUAAUUUAUAUUAUUGUAUUAACUAUGUUGUAGAACUUAAGAUUCAAAGUUUAUUGUCAGUAACGGGUACUGUUCAUUUCUUUUUAAAGUUUUUUUAGUUCUCAUGGAAAGGGAAAAGAAAAAUCUAUCCUCAAGAAUUUUACUUCUUGAAAUCUUAGGACUUAAAAAUUGACGUGAGUUGAGUUGGAAUGUUGUUCUGAUGUUGUCCGUUAAAAAUUCUCGAACGAAACUUAAUGGAUUGAUUUGUCACGAGAACGAAAAUCGUUCUGAGUUAUAAGCUGGCAUAUUGGAACACUACAACUACUGCUACUGUCAUCAACGUUCAGUCAUUACGAAGAUGAAAUAGAGAAGGGAAAAAGGGAAAAACGAACAAGAAGAGACAUUGAAAUAAGUUUAUCUGUUGCAAUUUAUCAUACGUCGCAUAAGAAAACUUUUUUCCGACAAAAAUAAAAUCGAAGUGUUAUCGAUGUUGUGCAAUAUUAAAAGUUUAACGUCACGCUGUUUUAAGUCAGUUGUCACGAUCGCUGGAUCAGUGUUUCUCAAAGGCACGAUCGAAGAAAAAAAAGAAGGAAAUAAAUCUGACGGUAGUUAAAUAAAUUCAUUCAGGUUAGACGUCAAUGACCUUUAUGGUCGAGUAAAAAGUGAUCUUGUUGCGUGCUUCUUCUUUCGAGCAAUAGAGGAACAAAACUCUCGUUCUUUGUGAUUUUUGUCUUCGGCAGAGCGAAACGACGCGAAAGAACAAUUGUAGCGACUAGGUGCCAUACAGAGGAUGUUUUCGUAAUUGUAAUUGUUGAAAAUGUAACAACUGAUAGCUACGAAACCACAGGUUGUGAUAGCCUUACGUUCUUUCGAGCGUUAGCCGCUGCUAGAGGAUUUCGUCAAUUAAUAAAAAUACGAGAAUUAGUGAGGCGUGAGUUUCAUCCUCCAAGCGUUGUCGAGAAUCGUUGAGAAAUAUAUUGUUAUAUAAUAUCGUGUUUGAGAAGGUUGGGAGUCCUGUAACUUGCGUCCACUUGCAAACGAUAGCAAUAUAAGUAUCCUCCUGGAACGAGAGACAUAUCACCAAUGUUAUCUUUUUGCGGUUUGAGAAACACUGCGCUGGUACGUACGUUUAUAAAAGAGUAUCAUGAGGGACUGAUUCUCGUUGCGUGAUAAUUAUUGUUGCCCCUCGCGGACCUGUAACAGCAAUCUCUGUCAACUGGGAAUUAUAAUACGAUCGACGAUCGUGGAGGAAAAUAGGAGAACGAGAUGAAACGAUUUAUGAAUAAUUAAAACAAAAAAAAAAAACAAAUCGGUAUCUUACUCUAUAAAUGUUGGCUAUUGUUAAAUGUUGAAUAUUGUUCUGCGGAGGGCUUGCCUCCUUUUUCGAACGAUAGAAUGCUCGAACUUUCAAAUCUGCGAUCGUCCAUUUUGAAGAAUUAAUUUAAUCUGCAAUCGUAUAUUUUAGAGAAUUACUUUAAUCAUUUUACGUAGAUUGCGAAUAUUUAUGCAGUUAUAAGUUGUAGAAAUUCAUAGGCGCGAAAUUAUAUAAAAUAUUCAGAUGUAGCGAAACAAAUCUUUACUUUGUUUCACUUUAGUUGUUUGCGUAAAUAUCCGCAAUCUAAUAAUCGUUGUUAUUCCUGUUUUUCUUUUUCUACUUUUUUUAAUGCCGCCGGAUAGGCUUUUUAUACAUACAUAUGUACGCAUAUGUUUGCUAGAUUAUAUUUCUUAUAGAAAUAUGUUUGUAUUGUACGUAGGUGAGCUUACUAUCAGGUUAUUCUGAAAAUUCGUAGCAAAAGUUAAGUGAGAUUUAAUUAGAGUUAGGAUUGUUUAUAAUUUCCGAGUCUUUUUUUUUUGGAGAAAUUUUUUGUAUUUUCUUGGUGAUGAGUUCCUUCAAGGUUUCUGUACAGUAUUUCAUUUCUUGCCUAUGUCUUUCGAAUAAAUUUUAUAAAGGGCACAAUAAAUAACGAAACUAAUAUAUUCCACGAAUAAGACAGAGAUGAACAUUCCACUUUUCUUGAUUUUCUUUAGUAUCUAACUAGGGGUGGUAUUUUUCGGAACGUUUCAUUAUCUGGUGGAAAUUCAUAAUAGAAACGCUACGAAUUUUUCGAACAACCGAAUGUUGUAAGUAGUGUAUUACACAUAGAGAUUAAGUUACGUUUUCGAACGUACCUAUGAAUUCCGUUCGAAACGACAAGCUCUCCGCAUUUUAAUUGUAAUCUAACUAUUUCGGGGUCGGGCAGACGUCGAAUCUAUCGCUCCCCGCAGUCACUGAGCAUCCUUGGUCUGGAAGAGUCGAAUUGUAGACGUUAAUUUUAUUUCCUUCUGCCUUAUAUAGCUUAGAUUUCUUUCGUUUUUCUACAACGUGAGGCUCUACUCUCUUUCUUUCGAAUUUCUCGUGAUUCUGGUCCACUUAUAUUUUGUAAGCAUCAGAAUAUUUGGAAUUCAUCGAGAAAUACGAAAGGAAGGGCAGAUAUCUUCUUUUGUUUUUGUUUUUGUGGUUUGAAUCUUUGAUCUCAUUUCUGUUUUUCUUUUUUUAGUUGAUUCGUUCGAUUAUUCUUGACAAAGUGCAAAGAGACGACCAGUGGAUGCAACACAGUGAUACUUUCAGACAAUACAUUACAAUUAAUUACACUUAUAUUAAUAAAUUAAUCUAUUAUGAUUAUUGAACUCCGGUCGAAGAAGAAUAUAUGACAUGUACUCGAUUUCGAUCAAUGCUAAAUAAUUAUUAUCACUAAUUAAGAAAUAAAGUGUGCUCUAUGUCAUGCUA